UGCGGAGAAGAGCACCGUAGUGGAAUGGAGUGCCAAGACCAUAGCCGUAGUUCAGGCCGUAGCCGAGGAGACCAUGACCGUAGCCGUAGUGGCCAGCACCGUAGCCGAGGGUACCAACGCCGUAGCCGUAGUAGAUUGGAGCGGCAUGGUAGGCAGCGACUGCUGGUGCCGCGUGGGCAAUGGUGGCCACAGCUGGGGCGUGGUGGACGGUGGUAGUGGCAACAGCUGGGACAGCGUGGACGGCAGCAACAGCUGGGGCCGCGGCGUAGGUGGCGACUGGGGCAGCGUGGGCAACAGUGGCGACAUGGGCCACAGCUGGAGCAGCAGCGACAACUGGGGCAGCGUGCACAGCUGUGACAGCUGGAGCAACAGCGUAGGUAGCGACUGGGGCAGCGUGGGCGACAGUGGCCACACGGGUCACUGCUGGAGCAACAGCGUAGGAGGCAACGGCUGGGGCAGCGACUGCGGUGGCGACUGGUGCGUGAGCUACAGUGGCGACAGCUGGAGCCGCAGCAUUCGCGCCUGCAUCGUCCUCGCCCUGGCCACCAGCGCCUUCGCUGGCUUCGUCGGCACUACCGGAUACAGCGUCGGCCUGGCUGCUGCCCCAGCCGUCGCCACCGUUGCCCACGCUGCUCCAGUUGCCACUUAUGCCGCUGCUCCAGCUGUCACCAGGGUUGCCACCACUUACGCCGCUGCCCCAGCUGUCGCCACUGUAGCCCACGCCCCAGUCGCCACCGCUGUUGUUGCCCCAGCCGUCGCCUCCUACGCAGCCGCUCCGGUCGUUGCAGCUGCUCCAGCUGUGACCAGGGUUGCCACUACUUACGCAGCUGCACCAGCUUUCGCCACUGUGGCCCACGCCCCAGUCGCCACCGCUGUUGCUGCCCCAGCCGUGGCCUCCUACGCUGUUGCUCCAGCCGUGACCCGUGUCGCCACCGUUGCCCACGCUGCUCCAGUCGCCACCUACGCCGCUGCCCCAGCUGUCACUACUGUGGCCCACGCCCCCGUCGCCACCGCUGUGGCCACCCCCAUCGCCACCUACGCCGCUGCUCCAGCCGUCGCUACUGUCCACGCUGCCCCAGCUGUUGCCACCACCACCGUCCACCACGCCCCAGCUGUCGCCACCGUUGCCCACGCUGCCCCUGUGGUCGGUGCUUACCACGCCGCUCCAGUCUACGGCUACGGCGUCGGUACCCUUGGCUACGGCGUUGGCCACUACGGCUACGGCCACGGUCUCCUCGGCUAUGGCCUGAACUACGGCUACGGUCUUGGCUCUCCCUUCGACUACACCACCCUUCUCCGCAGGAAGAAGUAAAUCUUCGCCAUACCCGAAAUUACUACAGGUGCUUUCACAGACGAAACUAUUUGUACAUAUCGCUUCCCCGGCGGGAUUGGAAGAUUCUAUUGGUUGAAAUAAAAUUAAAUUAUUCUCCUA